CCCCGCUUAACUUCACAUUCCACGACCUUUCCAACUGGAACAUAUUUUGCCAACAUGACGCGAGGAUUCGCUACCAUCAAGCCCGAGUGCGAAGAAACUUUUGAUGCAGUCAAAGAGACUGAUGCUCUCAACUAUGUCAUCUAUGAAGCUUCGGCACAUGACAAGACUAUCUCCGUUUUGAAGUCUGGCAAGUACGACAGCUACGAGGAGGUUGUCUCUCACUUCAAGGACGACGCUCCUCGCUACGCUGUCGUUGACUUCGAGUAUGAUUCCCCUACCGGUAAUGAAAAGCGACACAAACUAGUCUUCAUCACGUGGGUGCCCGAGACGGCAAGCAUUCAUGACAAGUCAUACUACACGAGUAACAAGGAUCAUUUGUACCGGGCGCUCGAGGAUAUCAGUUUGCAUGUGCAGGCAUCUAAGCCAGCAGAGCUGGCCCAUGCUGCUAUCCUUAGCAAAUUCAAGGUCCUCUGAUCGCGUGCCCCUCUGAUAUCAUCAUUUGUUUUACGGAUCCACACCACCCCCGCUCGGAUCCACCUCUCCAUCCUCGCAACCCGCGA